AUGGCACGGAUUGCUGAGCUGACACUGCAGAAUUCAGCUAUCAAGGCACAUCUGAAUAAUAUUAUUGGGCCAUGGGGUGAGCAAGGGGAUGGACUUCGGGAGUUAAACCAACAGGAGACAAGUCAUACUGGUGACAUGACUGCUGUGACCACUACAAAAGAGGAUGACAAAGUCUUAGAAGACACCACAGACGAAACAUUUACUGAAGGGGAAGAAUCAUAUUUAGAAGAUUGUGACUCGUGUGGGGAAAAUUUGGAAGGGAGUUCAAGUUCACUUCAAGAUGAUUACGUGGAAAGCACUGGAGCAUCUCAGUAUAUGGAAAUGCGUGGCCCAGCUGCAGAAGAGGCAGAGGAGGAAGUUAAGAAGAAAAUAUCAGACAGCUUCUUCUACGAUUAUAUGGAGCUGGUUUCGAAGCCUUUUGUGACUCUGGAUUCGAACAUACCACUGGAUCUUCUCACACUGGUACAUUCCUUUGGUUAUGAUUGCAAAAAGCGGGCCAACCUACAACUUCUGGACAGCAAUACUGUGAUGUACAUAGCCGGGAACCAGCUUAUCUUCCUGAAUUUGAAAACCAAAGAACAGAUGUACCUGCGAAGUAGCAGUGGUAGAGGAAUUGGUGUCAUUGGGGAAAUGAAGGAACCAGAUGAUCGGGAUACUGACGGGGGGAAAUCAGAUGGUUCAAAGAGUGGUGGAAAGCAGUCUCAGAGGUCCUUGCAAUCUGCACAUGGGACUGACCUGGCUUAUGCUUACGUGGACUUUAACAACAGCGGUACGUUGCUGGCCUCUGUUGGUGACAACCCGGAUCACACAAUGACCAUCUGGAAUUGGAAAGAAGAACAGCCCAUACUUAGGACAAAAGCUUUCUCCCAGGACGUUUUUAAGGUCACUUUCAAUCCUGACAAUGAGGAGCAGCUUACUACUUCAGGAUUGGGCCACAUCAAAUUCUGGGAAAUGGCUCUAACAUUCACUGGUCUCAAGCUUCAGGGUUCACUAGGUCGAUUUGGCAAAACAGCCACUACUGAUAUAGAAGGUUACAUGGAGCUCCCGGAUGGGAAGGUGCUCUCAGGGUCAGAAUGGGGCAACAUGCUGCUUUGGGAAGCUGGCUUCAUCAAAGUUGAGCUCUGUCGAGCUUCAAGUAAGUGUUGUCACCAGGGUCCCAUCAACCAGAUCAUGCUGGAUGAGGGUGAAGUUAUCACUAUUGGGUCAGAUGGAUAUAUUCGGAUAUGGGAUUUUGAGGCCAUAGACACUGCUGAUACUGUAGAUGAGACUGGAUUGCUAGAGAUCGAGCCCAUUAAUGAACUUCAAGUAGACAAGAAUGUCCAACUCUUCUCUAUGAUAAAAAUGAAUGAAGCUGGAAAUAACGUUUGGUUGGCUCAGGAUGCCAGUGGAGCCAUAUGGAAGCUUGACCUUAGCUUUUCAAAUAUCACCCACGACCCCGAAUGCCUCUUCUCCUUCCACUCAGGAGCCAUCGAAGCAUUGGCCGUGUCUCCUGUCACUUAUCUCAUGGCUACUACUGCCUUGGACUGCUCUAUUCGAAUCUAUGAUUUUGCUAGCAGAACUCCUUUGGCUCAUGUGAAAUUCAAGCAAGGAGGUACUGCCCUUACUUGGGUGCCUCGGCUGGUAAGCUACAAUGGAGCACAGAUUAUUGUAGGAUUUGAAGAUGGUGUUGUUCGAAUUCUUGAACUUUAUGAUCCAAAAGGACUUACAAUUUUUGCAGGACGGAAAAAAUUUUUGGAUGCAGAUCUUCAUUUGAAAUAUGUUAUCAAACCCCAUACUGCUCAUGUCACUGCUUUAGCUUAUGAUCGUGAUGGAGAAAUUCUAGCCACAGGGAGUAAGGACAAAACUGUCUUCUUCUUUGAGGUGGAAAAUAAUUAUAAACCAAUCGGUUAUAUUAGUACUCCUGGACCUGUUUGCCAGUUAAUAUGGUCUACGAUCAUUCAUCCUGAAAGCACUUUACUGAUUCUCUGUGAGAACGGCUAUGUUCUUGAAGCUGCAUGUCCAGUCAUAAAGCAGGAAGAGGAGGAUCACCACAGAGCUUCCUAUGAAAUCAAAGACAUGCGCACAAAAUGUUUCCAUUUCUCAAGUGUCAAAUCUAAGAUUCUGAGAUUAAUAGAAACUGAAAAGAGAAAGAAACAAAAGGAGUUGAAGAAGAAGGAAAAGGAAGAAAGAAGGAAGCAGCUAGCAGCAAUGAUGGGAGAAGAUGGAGAAAAGGAAUUCCAAGGGGAAGAGGAGGAGGAAGAGGAAGAAGAAGAGAAACCAUUACCUGGAAUCUUUAUUCCAUCAACCCCCUGUCACAUCCUCUGUGGGUUUUACUCUGGGCCAGGGAAGUUCUGGGUUUCUUUGGGUGGCUAUGAUUCUGGUUUUCUAUAUCACUGUGAGUUCCCCCCAUAUGACAAAAACAGUGAUAUCACGGAAAAGAAAGAUGAACCUUUUGAUUUCCGCUUUCUUGAGGAUACAGAAGACAAUCCCAUUCAAAGUAUCACUUUCAGUUUUAACCAAGAUAUAAUGUUUUGUGGAAUGCAAGAUGGAGCAAUUCGAGUUUAUAUCCUGAAUCAGAAUGAUCUUUCAUUGACAGAUAUGGAGAACUACUGGCACUUCAAUAUUCAUGACAACAAUUAUGGAUGUAUUAAAGGCAUUUCUACUAGCUUUGAUGACCGUUUUUUGGUGACUGCUGGAGCAGAUAGUAAUAUCUUUGUUUUUAGCAUUUUUUCCGAAUUUGAGUUAAGGAAACUUGUCAAAGCCAAAGUUCCAUCUCCCAGGUUUGGAAUUGAAACAGAGCCAAUUCCAGAAGAUAUUGACGAUCCCAAAGCCUACAGUAUUGAGAAUGCCAGAAGAAAAAGAGAACAUGACAAGUUAAUGAAAGAGGUGGAAGAAAUAAAGGCCAGGAAGAGAGAACAGCUCAGAGCUUUGAGGAGUCAAUUUCGGAAACUACUAGAGAUGAAUGAAAAAUUACCCAAGCAUAUGCAGUUUAAACGGACAGAUUUUGACAUAGAUUCCCAAAUUCGUGCUGAGAUUAACAAAAAAACAGUUUAUAAAAUUCACCAAGUGGAAAAGGAAUUAGCCUGGGAAAGAGAGAAGCAUGAACUUGGCCUAACGAAGCUACAGCAUAGAUUUCAUGAUUCGUUGCAAAGUGAUGCUAUUGUGGUUCAUGCCAUACAAAGUGAACACAAGAUAUCCUCUUACAGGCUUGUGAAGCCCUCUAAGUACUCUAGAUUCAAACGCGCCAGUCAGUCAGAGACAAGAGGAAGCAAAUUAGAGAGGUUUGAUAAAGAGGCUUCUGGAAUAAAGGAUGGCCAGAAAGAUACAGGUGGGCAUAUGAAUGUGCCAGAAGAUUCGAUUAUAGAAAAAGGGAAGCAUUUUCGACCUAAAACCCUAAGUCAAAUUAUGGUGGAAAAUGAAAUUGAGAAAGCGAGGAAACUUAUGUUAAAAGCUGAAAGAGCCCAAUUUAAGAUUCAGCAGCGAAAGAAAGAAUGGGAAGAACUGUACAAGAGUAAACCUGAUGAGGACUAUGAAGAUCCCAAAGAUAUUCAAGCUAUCAAAGAGGCUCAGGUGUAUAUGGGAGACUUCAAUCUGAAGACAGCCCCAGACUAUAAGAUACCCGAGCACAUGAGAAUAAAUGCUGCCAAGAAGGAAGAGGAACUGGGACAGCUAGACGCUAUGACCUAUUCAAAGAAAACGCACAUGAACAAGUGCAUUCUCUCUCUUCGAGACCUUAAAGUGGCUGUCAUCGAGGAAAUACAAUGCCUGGUACAAGAGAUGAAGAAUAUUCAGUCAGUUCUUCACAUAUCCAAGCACAUCCCCAUUCCCCAAGUCCCUCAGAUACACCCGGAAGAAGUUCCUGAAAAGAGAUUUCACUAUGAUGAGAAAACUCUCCUAGCUUUUAAGAAACAGCUGAUGAAAAGUGAGGCUGAAAAGGCCCCUCAGGUGGAACAGACUGGGUCUACAGCCGAAGGUGGAGGAUUCCUCAGAGUCUGUUCUGGAAAGGAUGGGGAUUUGACAACACGUGAUUCAUUGUAUAGAUCGUCAAAGAUGUUAUCUUUAAGUCUAGAGAUUCCAAAGAUAUUGGAAUUUGAAAAAGCAGACCCAACUGAUGUGGAGCUGGAGAUUAUGAAGAGGGAUGAGAUUAAACAUGUGUACAUGCAGCAGUACCUGACCAACAGGAUCAAAGAACUGAUUGUCACUUUUGAUGCUGAGCUCCAUCUCCUGAGACAUCAGAAACUGAAACUAGAUACUCAGAUGAAAUUAUCUGACCUGCACCAUCUCACAUUAUUUCAAGAAAUGCUUCUCCUCAAGAAUUUUGAGAAACAGGAGAACAUACUUCAAGAGCGUGUUAAUUCAUUAGACAAAGAGGAGCAGGACAUGCAAUGGAAAAUAAAUGAAGCUCUUAAAGAUAUGGAAGAGAAAAAGAAUGAAAUUGCUAGGCUCCAGGACCAAGAAAAGGCCCUUUAUGCUGGUUUCCAAGCAGCCCUUGGAGAAAACAAUAAAUUUGCGAACUUCUUGAUGAAGGUGUUAAAGAAGAAGAUUAAGCGGGUGAAGAAAAAGGAGGGUGAAGGAGAUGCUGAUUGUGAUAUGGGUCUUUUUGAACUGACACUUCAACUUCGAGAGAAAAGACUAGACAUUGAGGAGGCGUUAGUUGAAGAAAAGAAAAUUAUUGAUAACCUCAAAAAGGAACAUGAUAUAUUAUCCAAAAAAAUAGAGCAUGUGGUAUUUGGAGAAAUACCUAGUGAUCUUUCUGGAACUUUGGUCUUUUCUAACCGCUCCUUGCGACAGCUUCAAGAUCGAAUUGUACAGCUCCAGGAGGAGAAUUCCAAGCAACAAAAACUUAACAAAGAAUUCCGGGAGAGGAGAAAACAGCUUAUCCGAGAAAAGAGAGAGAUGUCAAAAACUAUAAACAAUGAAGAUGAGGAGAGUGAUGAAUCAAGUGAAGAAGAAUCCAGCUUGGAGAGUGGUGAGGAUGAAUCUGGAUCUGAAGAUGAGGUUUUUGAUGAUUCUGUCUGCCCAACAAUUUGUACCAGUUUCCUGGAGAUGCUGGGCAGUUUAUAUUUACUGUUUUCACCGGAAAAGAUUGCUCAAGUGCGAUGGGAACUAAUGAUGAAGACAAAAGAACACACCAGAAAGCUUCACCAGAUGAAUGAUUUAUGUGUUGAAAAGAAGAAACUUGAUUCUCAGUUGAACACCCUACAGAACCAGCAGGGCAAUGCCUUCCAGGGCCUUCGGAGAGCAGAUAUUGUGGCAAGAGAGAAGGUCACUGAGUUAAUCCAACUCCAGGCAGAAAGGAUUAUGGCCUUAAAGGAAGAGAUUGCUGUUUUGCGGAAGAAAGGUGGGCUUAUCCUCCCACCCAUUCAGCCUCCACAUGAGAACAGGUGAAGCCCCUGGACCUUUUAAGUUUGCUUUUUUUCUCAAAUCCAUCCAAGAUUUCUGACAUAAAAUUCACCAGAAGUUGUUUCAUUGUCUUUCUGUAACAAUCCUGUUAUUUUAAAGUGAGCUUAUCUAAAAGUCUAAAACAAGAUCCAGUCAUGUAAUUUUAAUACUUUUUGGUUAUCUUAGAACUGACUACAGCACCCAACAUCUAUUUAUUAUUGAACUGAAUCAUUUUAGGUCUGUCUGGAACCAAGUGGAUUGAAUGUAAGGCCUCAGAAAGUUGUAUCUCAAACUGCAAGAAAGCAGCUUUAUGUCCUGGGUUAGGAAAUUUGUUUGGUCAUCUGAAUGUUUUGCCAUUGGCAAGAAAAACUGUCACUGAAAGCAUGAUAAUCCUGUCCCACUAUUUUUUUUUAAGCCAGUGGGCCCAAACGUGAGUUACAGCCCAGAUAUGAGGGUCCCCUGCAUUAGUUAAGUCAGGCUUGAGUACGCUAGCUCUGACCCGUCCUGGGAAGAUUAGGCACUCUGCCUGGUUGUGUCUGUAGUCACAUUUCACUUCUCCUACCUGCUCUACUUCUCCCUUCUUAUCAUUUCCAUGUUAGUUAUAGACCUUCGUUUUAUUUCUUAAAAUGUUUUUAAAAUAGUUUAUCUGAAAAUCAUGUUGCGUCUCCAUGAGAGUUUUUCCAAUUUAGCUAGCUGUUGCUGGAUGGGAAAAGAUGUUGUCUAAGAGCUGGCGCUGUAUUUCUUCUGGCCAGCAGAGGGCGCACUUGUCCUAGACCGGUAGCGUUACUCCUGGGCUUUCCUAGGACCUUGGUGAUCCAAUUCAUGACAAGAGUGAGACGCCAGGGCCUGGCACAAUGACUCUUAAUGAGAUUAAGUGUCUCAAGUGGCAUUUCAUCUGUAACUUGACUGCAAUCUAGAAGCUAUUACAUUGCAAGUCCGCUUCCAUCUAGAUCUAGUUCCACGUAUGAAGGUGGAUCCUGUGAUUGCACAGCAAGCUCUAAGUAAAUGCUGAUUUUAAACAACUAGUGCGUCAGCUCCACUGGCAAUGUUGGUGUGUCCUUGGAAAGAUGGGAAGUGAAUUUUAUCAGGCAUUUACCGCAUGUAGCAUAACACUUAACUAAAUGGAGAAAAUACUUGGACUGCAACACAUACAUACCCCUCUAUAGAAAGGAUUCAUUUCAUCCCUUCGAUAUGACCAACAUU